AUGUUCCCUGUAGACAUCCACUCGGGAACGGAGAUCAUCAAUUGCAACGAAGACGCGUGCCCCAUCCUCGACUCUGACGAGCUGUCUCUCCUCUCUCAGUUCGUCAACGACCCACUGCAGGCCCGCACCCUGCUCGAGGCACGCGGACUGGCCGACGAACCCACAAAGACCGGCAGUCUGGUGGCCUACGUCAUAUCCCUACACGCUACCGCCAAGGCCGCUCUCACUGAGGAAGAGAUCAAGGUCCUCAAGGGACGGUUUGAGAAUGGUCAGAAGCUCUAA